AUGGCACCUCCAUACAUACUAUCAGCCAUCGCAAAGGCCAUCCUGAUCAACUUUAUUGAAGGCGGCGUCAUUGGCUUCUCCCCUCGGGGAUCCAUUGUUCGACCUCUCGCGCUUGCUCUGAUCGUGCUGUUGGCUGCCUCAGUUCACUGCACCAUCAUUCCCUGGGAGCAGCAUCGCUCUUUGGCUGGGAUUCUUUCGUGCAACAGCAUCUUCAUUGUUGCGCACGCACCAGACCUCUUCUUCCACAGCGGCAUUACCUAUAAUGAGCAUUACGACUGGCUCUGUAAGACCAAGGGUUAUCAUCCGCCGUUUACCCUGCUUCAGCGCGCCAACUGGGCCUUUGCAAUGAUCAGGAACGGUCGCCGCGUUGGGACGAAAUGGCAGGUCGUUCCCAUCCAUCCAUUCGAUCCUGAUAGACCGGACUAUAUCCCUACCCGCACAACCUUCCUUGUUCAUCGUCUCCUGACGAUUUUUCUCUGGUGCAUAGUCCUGUACUUCUUAGGUGGCCCUCCGUUUCACUCCGCGUUUCCGUCGUAUAUUACCAAGGAGCGUCAAGAGCUCCUGCUGGACGAAUAUAAUUUGGCCCUAUCUGCAUUUCUUCCACGAUUCUGGCUUUCUAUGUCCUUUAUUCUCGGCCUUUCCACACUUCAACGGUCUCGCUUCGACUAUCAGAUCCGGAGGAUUGGCCACCUAUGA